CACCGCACGACUCUCCCAUCAUCUUCUUAGCUGCUGCGAAAAAACUCUUUUUGUAAAAUUUGGUUAAUCGACUCGUCCUCGUCCUCGUCGUCCUUUCUUAAAACUUUUCCACCAAAUUUUUACCCGCGAAAAAUUAUUAGGUUUUUGUCACAUUUUAAUUCCCUUUUCAAAAUUUUCAAUACAAAACCAAAAAACUCAGUUCUUCUUCCCUCUCUAUCUCUUUCUUCUAGGGUUUCUCUUCUUCUCUCUCUCUCUCUCUCUCUCUCUGUGAUUCGUCUCCUUUCGCGGAUCUCUUUCUCAUUCAUCUUCGUUAGAGAUGGAUGUGGCGAUUAGCGAUGUACCGGUGAAUCUUCAAUCUGAAGAGCAUAGAGACGGAGUGGACGAAUCUGUUGCGGUGGUGGAGGAACAACCGCCGGCGAAGAAGCCACGUUUCGACGAAGAAGUGAACAGAGUGGCGGAGAUCGUUCUCGUUUUAUCGGCAUUGCGUAAGAUCCGAGGUGGGAAAAACCCGACGGAACUUGAGAUUGAGCUGAUGGUUGAAGCUAAAUCGAAAUUGGUUGACAUGUGUCAGGAGUUCACUCCUAAGGAUAUCAUCUCUAGGGAUGCUAUCGGAGCUGUCAUUGAAGAUCUGGGUUUGAAUGCUAAGGUUAAAGAUCAGAGAUUAGGGUUCCGAGCUCCUAAAUUGACCAUCUCUGAGAAGCUCUCCCUUGCGAAGAGAAAGAUGGAAGAAUCGAAGAAGAACCCAGUAGUGUCCACUACAUAUACAUCUACGGUUCAUUCAUCAGUUCCGGCAGCAAAUCAUGUUUCUACCUCACAUCAGUGGCCUAAUAGCGAAGUGAAGGCAACCACUAGUUCUAUUAAUCCUGCUACUGGAAGCCAUUUUGUUAAGGAUGCAUCUAAGAUAACACAACCUAGGAUAGAGAGACCACAGUUUAAGUCAGAUAUGCAUACCGGUCCUUCUCAGGCACCAGCAGUUCCUGCUGGAAACUACUAUGGGAAUGCUGCAACAUGGUCUGCCCAACCUCAUUCGAGUUCCUCCACCAUAUCAUUUGGUACUGCGUCAGAUAGCAAAGUUCCUGUUCAGAGUUCUUCCAGAGUUACAGAUCCGACCUUUAGACCAUUUAUGUCUCAAACUCCACCAGGUGCAUUCCCAGGCAUGAAAGGAGUGAGUUACGGUCAAACUUCUUCACCUUUUGGAAACAACAACCAUGCUGAAAUUGCCAAGUUAAUCCAUAAAGUUCUGCAACCGCGAGCUAAACAAAAUGUCUUGUGGAACCCACCUUCAAGAGAAUACAUGAGUAAAGCAAUGGCAUGCCAAAUGUGUCACGGAAAUAUCAAUGAAGUAGAGACCGUGCUAAUCUGUGAUGCUUGUGAAAAAGGAUAUCACUUGAAAUGUCUACAAGCUCACAACAUGAAAGGAGUUCCGAAAUCUGAGUGGCAUUGCUCCAGGUGUGUGCAAUUGUACAAUGGCAAGUCUUUUCCUCCUAAAUACGGCCGUGUCAUGAGAAGCGCCACUACAGCAAAAAUGUCUUCUAGUACAGCCGAAGUUCAGUCACCCGCAGAGAAGAAGGUUGGUAAAAUGGAUCCAAAGGUUAAGCAAGAGGCAACGCCACAUCCCAAGACAGCGAAACCAGUUGAGGAUUCAGCUAUGGAACAAACUUUUGAAGCUAAAGAUGCAGCUAUGAAUCCAAUUGUUGAAGCUGAAGAUGCAGCUAUGAGUCCAAUAGUUAAAGCAGCUAUGAGUCAAAUAGUUGAAGCUGGAGAUGCAGCUAUGAAUCCAACAGUUGAUGCUGAAGAUGCAGCUAUGAAUCCAAGAGUUAAAGCAGCUAUGAGUCAAAUAGUUGAAGCUGAAGAUGCAGCGAUUAAUCAAGCAGUUGAUGCAAACUUUGAUCCACCGGUUCCUGUAGGAAACGCUGAUGCUGAGUGUGAUGAUCCUUCAGGACCAGUAUCUCACUCAGAGACUCUUCAUCCUCCAAACCUAGAGAAAAAGAUAGUACUGAGCAAAGAUGCUACUCAGAGAGGUGUUUCCACAAGUUAUCAAGAUAAAAGCCCGAAGAUCAUAGCGGAAUCAUCAUUACAAGACGAGAAUUUAGCUUCGCAGACAGAGAACUCACCAACCCAGCCUCCUCUGUCGCAAUCCAACGCAGAUCAUGUCCAACAACAGAACACAACACCAAAUGUCCAAGAAGCUAUACAGAAGAAUUUCUCAGAAAAUCCAGCUACGCAGACAGAGAACUCACCAACUCAGCCUCCUCCUUUGCAAUCCAACACAGAUCAUGUCGAACAGCAGAACACAACACCAAAUGUCCCAGAAGCUAUACAGAAGAAUUUCACAGAAAAUCCAACUACGCAGACAGAGAUUUCACCAAAUCAGCCUCCUCCUUUGCAUUCCAACAUAGAUCAUGUCCAACAGCAGAACACAACACCAACUGUCCAAGAAGCUAUACAGAAGAAUUUCACAGAAGAUCCAGCUACGCAGACGGAGAAAUCAUCAACUCAGCCUCCUCCUUUGCAUUCCAACACAGAUCAUGUCCAACAACAGAACACAACACCAGCUUUCCAAGAAGCUAUACGGAAGAAUUUCACAGAAAAUCCAUCGGAAGGUAAAAGCUGAUGAUGGUUCUGGUCAGACAAAAGUUACAGAGAACAGUAUUCACUCUGUCCGCAAAAGUCACCACUCUUACUUAGGCAGGCUCUUUGGUCCUCAAGUAUAUAUAUUAGUAAGUGAUGAUGUCUUUGAUUUAACCUUUGGGUUAGGUUGAAUUGCUAAAUCUUGUUCUAUAGAACACGUGUGGUUCAAUUUUUUGAGCGUAAGUAGUGACUGGUUUAGUUUAAGCUUGUGUAGUUUAAGCUUUAAGUUUUUUUUUAAGGUACUUUGUGAAAUAAUUCCUUAAUUUACGGUAAUCUUAUAAAACCCUCAUCAUCUAGUACUACAGUAUGACAAUGUAAUACAUUGACUGGAAAAUAAAUAAAUUCAUUUCGCUAAAA